AUGAGUUUUGGAAAACCAUUAGCAAAACCAGCACCAGCACCAUUAAAACCAUCACCAUUUGGCGCUAAAGUUGGUACCACUACUACACCACCACCAGUUGCAGCUAGACCAACACCAGCUCCACCAACAGGUGCAGCACCACCAACUUCAUCACCAUUAAAACCAGCAGGUUCACCAUUGAAACCAGCAGGUGCACCACCAACUUCAUCACCAUUGAAACCAGCAGGUGCACCAACCCCAUCACCAUUAAAACCAGCAGGUGCACCAACUUCAUCACCAUUAAAACCAGCAGGUGCUCCAACUCCAUCACCAUUAAAACCAGCAGGUGCUCCAUUAAAACCAGCAGGAACUACAACUACUCCAGUACCUACAACUACUGGUGUACCAAAACCAGCACCAAGACCAUUAACAUCAACUAGUGCAGGAGCACCAGCACCAACACCAGUAUCAAAACCAACACCAGUUUCAAGACCAGCAGCACCAACUCCAACACCAAAACCAAAAAAUGAUGAUGAUGAUGAUUGGGAUGAUGAAGAUGCAUUUGAUUCAAAUCCAAUUUUAGCAACUUGUCGUGUCAUUAAAGAUUGUAUUCCUACUAAUAAUGCUACAUUAACUUUAAUUAGAGAUGAUCUUGUUUAUGUUUUCAAAAAGAAUAGUCCAAAAGAAUGGGAAGGUGAAACUAAAGGUGUUUAUGGUAAAUUCUCACCAGAAUAUGUUGUUGAAAUUAAAGAUUAA